UUUUCUUCACUGCGUUAGGAAGAAGCUUGUGCGCAGGAACGGAACAAAUAAUAGACGAAAGAAAAAAGAAAACACAAUCGAUUUCAUACAAUUACAAGUGAGGAGAGAGAAACUAGCGAGAGAAGAAAUAUCAAUAAUCUUUCUUUGGUCAACGUUUAGUCAACAGGCCGUUACAAGUUUCUUCUGUUGAUUUUCUCUCUCGCUCGUCACCUACUUCAUCUCCCGCGUCUCUCUACUCCCUAAAUUUCGCCACCGUACUGACUUCACCGUCUCGAUUCGAGAUCUGCGGCGGGGGGAAGGUAGCUAUGGCCGCCCCGGGAAACGCUCAAUCCAACACUAGUUCGACGCAGCGAUUGCGAUUCUGAAUCUGAGAAUCUCGAAGAUGAUAUAUUCACUGGAUUUGCGUUCUGUUGACUAUAACUGAUAGCAAAUGUGCAUUGAGAAGAUAAGAUUCGCUAUUGAAUAGAGUGAAGGUUUAUUGCUUGGACGAAGAUGGUAAAUGGGAUGAUCGAGGAACUGGACUCGUCAGUUUGGACUACAUCUCCCCUGCUCUCAGGAUUCUACAGUGUAGAGACUUGUAGCUUAAUGGAAACGAAAUACAAUGCAGCGAUCGGAUGAACUUGGUCUAUAUGUGGUUGAUGAAGAUGAUCAUGAGACGUUGCUUGUUCACCGGAUCAGCACUGAUGAUAUCUACAGGAAGCAAGAAGACACAAUCAUCUCAUGGAGAGACCCAGAGGGCUCAACAGAAUUGGCUUUGAGCUUUCAAGAGACUGCAGGAUGCUCUCAUAUAUGGAAUCAUAUAUGCACUAUGCAACGGAAUCUACAUUUCAGUUCUCUAAACAUGAACACUGAGCUGAGGGAGCUUCCUGAUGUCGAUAUUUCUAAUCUUCCCCAAAUACUCGAGAUUGUUACUGAAAGUGGCAUUAAAGAUCAAAUGCGAUUAGCCGGACUUAUGUUGAAGGAUGUUAAGUUCUUUCACAAUUUGAUGAAUGUAUUUGAAAUGUGUGAGGACUUGGAAAAACUUGAUUGCCUUCACAUGAUGUUCAACAUUGUCAAGGGCAUCAGUUAGUAUUCUUAUACACUUUGUUCUAUAUUUUCUGAAAACUACAUUUUCUUAUAUGUAAAAAGACAUUUUACCUCAUUUUGAUUUAAAUUAAAAAAAAGAACCAAAUUUAAAUCAAAA